AUGGCGCGGCCCACCGACUCCGCCGACUCAUGGAUCAAGAUCGCAGAUGAUUUCUAUGCGAUCCCCAACCUCGAAAAUGACCCCAUCUGUGCUGCACACGCGUCCUUGAUGAGUCGCAACUGCCGACACUAUAGUACUGCUGACAAUAUUCGAGACGCAACACUUCGGAUCGAAGCACUGUCGCGGCUAUCGACAUGGCCACAGGACCUGCAGCGCCACAUGCAUGAGCCUGCUCGUCUCCUGCUCUGUGCCACCCACCAGGGCCUAGCCCGAGACAUAGCCACCCGUUGGUCUGAAGUAUUGUWGGCAGAGGCAAGGAAGAAGCAUGCCGAGACGUCCGCGCAAGGUCAGUUGCAUGGAGCAGGCGAAUGGUCUCGCAGCCGGGGGUCUGAUCGCGAGGUACGCUGGAUCCCAGCAGACGAAUGUCGCUUCUGGGAAGCUCUUCAUCAGGCCGUCCUUGACAUGGCCGAACAAGUGGAUGAUUUUGACAGAAAGUGGGAACGGGAGGUAGAGCAAGAAGCCGAACGUAGAAGAGCACAGCAACAAGCCGAACGCAAAAGUAUCGAACACGAAGCCGCCGCCCGUCGCAAGCCGAGCAGCACGAGUGGACGUCAGCAUGGGCGAGGUAUGAGCAAGAGUGGACCACCAAGCCACCUCCAGCUUCCAUUCCGUCCGAUUGCUGAACGCUCAGAUAGUGCGGUGGCGUCCGGAUCGAGUCUGCGUCUCGUUUCCCCUGGUUCGGGGGAAUCGAGAGCCCCUGGCGAGGGUGACUCUGGUCACGCAAGUGUUGAAUGA